AAGCCGCGUUAAGGUUUAGUUGACUCCUCCAGGUUUUAUAUCUUCAAGGCUUUCGUCUAUCAGAUCUGGUGUCACUGUCUUCUCACAGGAUUACAUAGAGAUGGGGAAAAAAGCUAAAUGGUUUUCAAGUGUUAAGAAGGCAUUUAGCCCAGAUUCAAAGAAGUCGAAACAAAAAUUGGCUGAGGGACAAAAUGGUGUGAUCUCUAAUCCUCCUGUGGUUGAUAAUGUUAGACAAUCUUCUUCUUCUUCUCCUCCUCCUGCUCUUCCUCCUCGUGAGGUUAGAGUAGCUGAAGUGAUUGUUGAACGGAACAGGGAUCUUUCCCCUCCUUCGACUGCAGAUGCUGUGAAUGUUAGAGCUACUGAUAUUCCUGUAGUUCCAUCUUCAUCUUCUCCUGGUGUUGUUCGUCGCUCUACACCUGCUCGAUUUGCGGGAAAGUCGAAUGAAGAAGCCGCUGCUAUCUUGAUUCAGACUAUUUUUAGAGGCUAUUUGGCAAGAAGAGCACUGCGGGCAAUGAGGGGUUUGGUCAGGCUUAAGUUGUUGAUGGAAGGAUCUGUUGUUAAACGGCAAGCUGCAAAUACUCUAAAAUGUAUGCAGACUCUCUCUCGUGUACAGUCGCAGAUCCGAGCUAGGAGAAUCAGGAUGUCAGAAGAGAAUCAGGCUCGCCAGAAACAACUCCUUCAGAAGCAUGCCAAAGAGCUAGCUGGCUUGAAGAACGGGGAUAACUGGAAUGAUAGCAUUCAAUCAAAGGAGAAAGUUGAAGCGAAUUUGCUAAGCAAGUACGAGGCAACAAUGAGAAGGGAAAGGGCAUUGGCUUAUGCAUACUCUCAUCAGCAAAACUGGAAGAACAACUCUAAAUCUGGAAACCCGAUGUUCAUGGAUCCAAGCAACCCGACAUGGGGUUGGAGCUGGUUAGAGAGAUGGAUGGCUGGUCGGCCCCUAGAGAGUUCCGAGAAAGAACAAAACAGCAACAGCAACAACGACAAUGCCGCCUCAGUCAAGGGCUCUAUUAACCGUAACGAAGCUGCAAAAUCUAUAACCCGCAAUGGCUCAACUCAGCCAAACACACCAUCAUCCGCAAGAGGGACUCCAAGAAACAAAAACAGUUUCUUCUCACCUCCAACUCCCUCAAGGUUAAUCCAAUCCUCGAGAAAAUCCAACGACGACGACGCCAAAAGCACAAUCUCGGUCCUGUCGGAGAGGAACCGCAGACACAGCAUUGCUGGUUCAUCAGUCAGAGACGACGAGAGCCUCGCUGGCUCACCGGCUCUCCCGAGCUACAUGGUUCCAACUAAAUCAGCUCGAGCCAGGCUCAAGCCGCAAAGCCCAUUAGGUGGUACCACACAGGAAAACGAAGGGUUCACGGACAAGGCAUCUGCUAAGAAACGGCUCUCGUAUCCGACUUCACCUGCAUUGCCUAAACCACGGCGGUUCUCAGCUCCUCCUAAGGUGGAGAGUGGCGGCGUCGCUGUGACCAACGGAGCAGGCAGCUGAGGUAUUUAUUUAAUAUAAUUAUGUUCCCACUUAUGGAUGUGUCCGAGAGAUUGUCGUCUGUUAUGUGUUCCCUUCAUUUCGUAAUUCAUUUGUGCAGUGUAAGCGCCAGUCAUUUAUUUUUUUACUAUAAUAAAUUUUAUAACCUUUU